UAUGAAACGCUGACAGGCUCAUAAUCCAUAUUGUACAUUCGCUCAUACAGUGCUAAUCUAAGAUCCCUCUCAGGUUGGAGAUUAACUAGUAGCAUUGAGAGAGAGAGAGAGAGAGAGAGAGAGAGAGAGAGAGAGAGAGAGAGAGAAGGGAGGAGUGAUCAUGCUGAGGGAUAAGUCAACAGAAAUAGAUAUAGGCAAAUAGCAUCACAAUGCAAACACUGCCCAGGGACAGGAGAGAAAGAAGGGGAGAAAGACAGAGAAGGAGAUAGAGUUGGCACCAUACAGCCACAUACACUGCACAUAAAGACACUGAGACAAAUGCUAGGAAUCCAGAAACCACACCAACAAGCCAGGUUUACAAAGACAAGGACGGCCACAGUGAUUUCUGCCAGUAUCUAGUGAAGCCCACCUAACCUCUGAAGCCCACCUAAACACUACUCUACAGACCAGAGUCGACACAUUUUCCACCUGCUCAGCGUGUCCAGCUAAACCCACUCCCCUAGACCUGCUGCGUGGGAGACAGACUGGAAGAAGGAGGAGAGAGGGGAAGAGGAAGACCAGCGGCAGGUCAGGAAAGAGACUUGAGCGGCGCUUCUGAGGAGCCAUGAGGACGGCCAGGCGGGCCAGCACCGUGGAGGUGCCCUCCUUCCUCCGCCAGCUAGCAAAGGAGACAGAGAAGAUGGUCACCUUCUUCUUUAAGGGAGGACAGAGAGAUGGCCAGGAGGGGAGCGAAGAGGACUCGAGUGAUGAGGAUAACGGGCCAAGUGUCUACUUGGACCGGCCCAUCCUGGAGAAACACGCAACCGAGGGGGGGUCUCAGUGGGGGUUGAACUAUGCAACGGCCAGCAUGCAGGGCUGGAGGGCGCAGAUGGAGGACGCCCACGCCUGCAUGCCGGAGAUGGGAGGGGAGCUGGCGGAGUGGGGCUACUAUGCAGUGUUUGAUGGACACGCUGGCAACACGGUGGCACAGUACUGCUCCCGCAACCUGCUGCAACACAUCCUCGCUACAGGGCGCGUAAAGGCAGAGGAGGACCCUGAUGACGUGAAGGAGGGGAUCAUCGAGGGCUUCCUGGCCAUUGACAGCCACAUGCACACACUGACGCGCCAGGAAUGCUGGGAGCGCAGUGGCUCUACGGCGGCCGUCGUCAUGCUCUCGCCGCAGUACGUCUACUUUGUCAACUGUGGCGACUCGCGGACGCUCCUCUGCCGUGACGGCCAAGUCAUCUUCUAUACGGAGGACCACAAGCCCGUCAACCCUAGGGAGAAGGAGCGAAUACAGAACGCAGGUGGCUCGGUGACCCAGCAUAGGGUCAACGGCUCCCUGGCCAUGUCCAGGUCCCUGGGAGACUUUGACUUUAAGGAGGUGGGGUGGAGGUCCCAGACUGAGCAGCUGGUUUCCCCAGAGCCAGAGGUGUAUGAGCUGGAGAGGUCCCCGCAAGACGAGUUCCUCAUAGUGGCUUGUGACGGCGUGUGGGACGCCAUCGGCAACGAAGAUCUGUGUGCAUUCGUCCGCAGCCGCCUGCAGGUGUGCAAUGACCUGAGGGAGAUCUGCAACCAGGUCAUUGACCUCUGCCUCUAUAAGGGUAGUUUGGACAACAUGAGCAUCAUCAUCGUGACCUUCCCUGGCGCACCCCAGGUUUCACAAGAGGCCCUACAACAAGAGGCUGAGCUAGAGACACUCCUCGAGGCCAAAGUGGAAGAGAUUGUAAAUUUGCUAAGGUCGCAGGACAAGGACCCUGACCUGCUGUAUGUGAUGAAGUUUCUGGUCUCUGAGGACAUACCUGGCCUGCCACCAGGGGGAGGAGUCACCAGCAAAAGAGACUGUGUCAUCUCUGCGUAUCAGAAGUUUGUAACGCCCUCCAGAUCUAUGGAACCAACGGUAGGAGACGACCAAACAUAGGUCACACACUCUUGCACCAUGUCUCGCUAAACACAUCAGUGCAAACUGGACUACAAAGUAACUAAGUUACUGUUUUUCACUGACACAUCAUUGACUUGUCGCAUUCCCGGGACAUCGGAGGAUCUGAAGAGUCCAACUAGUCGUUUUCAUGUAAAUGUAUUCUUUAGCCUCACGUAUCCAUGGUGACCAAUUCCAACUGGGGACUCUUUUCAGCUGAGGAAUCAGCCAAUGGCUAAAUAAAGAAAUAUGGUGGGAGGGGGUUUGACCUGGGCCUGCCCUUAGCCAAUCAUCUCUUCUCUGUUCCUCAUGCACACUGUCUAUCAACAAGUCUACUGUAUCUUUAGAAAAUAUCAAAUAGUUAGCAUUUUCCAGUAAGGGAAGAAUUACAUAUUCUAAAGCUAUUCUUUAAAAUACAUGACAAUUAGAUAUAAUAUUUUCUAACUUAACACUUUACAGUGCCUGAGUAGAUCUGGUUACUUUUCUUGAAGACUAGAAGCUUGUGAAUAAGGCUGAUCAUGUGAUUUCAUUUAAAAGCUAAUUGAUAUGUUUAAGUGGUGUGAAACUCCAUACUACAGCUGUAAAUCAAGUUGACGAAACACCCCUUCAACCAUCGCAGACCAGCGAAGGCUCCGAUAUGGAUGUGUUCCUGUGAGGGAACAUAGGUGACAUGAAUAGAUGUGUGUGUGUGUGUGUGUGUGUGUGUGUGUGUGUGUGUGUGUGUGUGUGAGAGAGAGAGAGGAUAACAACAACAUGGGGUGUGGGAUUAUUGCCACACGUACUGUACCUCAUAAAAUGUAACGUUUUGCAGUUUAAAGUGCAGAUGCUCACAGUUAGACAUGAUUUAGACCAGUGUGAUGCGUAAAGUAGUAUAGCUAUAGGUAAAUCGUUUUGCUGUUUGCAUGUUUUCGUUUCAAUACAUGUCAUUGCGCUGCCUUACAAAGCUCUCUGUAGUUGUAUGGUUAAUUUAUUCCUCCUUUGGAUCAUACCAAACGGAUGAACAACUGUAUUCCAUGACAGAUGUCAAGAAGAGCUAGACUAUAGAUCCAACACUGCUGCAGCAUAUCUGUUUGAAUUCUAUGAAAUCAGGAGGAAAUAGGAUCCAAGACGAUUUGACAGCACAACAGAUUACUAUGAGAUCUUUCACAAUUGUAUGUCAAUUGGGGCAAUAAAUGAAUGAAAUAAAAUUACAU